AUGAAGAUUUCGACAUCUUGCAUUCAAUGUAGGACUAGCAAGCGAAAGUGUACGGUGGAGCACCCAGGUCUUCCCUGUCAGCACUGCUUGAAACUGAAGAAACACUGUUCUUUCAAAAGAUCUCUACAACGACCACCAGACCUUCUUCCGUGUGCGCCAAGGGAGAAAUCAAUUGUUUCUUCACCGGCAUCAUGUCUUCGAACUACGAUAGCGGUUUUCAAUCCCCAACUGGAAGUCGAAUUGGUUGACCUCUACUUGACCCUGAUUCAUGACAAACCGCACACUUUAUUUCACCCAGAGUCGAUGAGAAGGCGAUGUCAAAAUGGAGAAUUACCCAAGGCGGUAAUUUAUAGCAUCAUGGCUUUAGCUGCCAGAUUUUCCGAUAACCAGGAAGUGCGAAAACAGGCCAAAGAGUUAUUUCAGCUUGCCAAGCUCUCAUUGAAAAUGGAAAUUGAGAAUGUCAAUCUCGAUACAAUUCAUGCAAGUAUUUUAGUUGGAAAUCUAUGUGGGGCUGAAGGGGAGACUGCAGGAGAAGCUUUGUUUUUUGGGAUUGCAUUUCGGAUGGCACACGUUCUUCAUCUACCAAAACCUGAUCCUACCGAUGAUGCCAUAACCCAAGAGAUCAAGGUACGAACAUGGUGGUCCUUAUAUAUGAUCGACACUUGGUCAUCAGCCGGUCUCAACCUACCCCGUCAGAUACAUGACAAAGGGUGCAAUCGACUUCCGAUGAGCGAGAGAAGAUUCUGGGACCUUGAAGCAGGACAGAAAGUCGAAAGUGAUACUCGAUUCGGGAUAGGCCUUUGGGGCUAUAUGGUCAUGCUUGCGCGCAUAUUUAGCCAAGUCCAGGAUCUCCACGUCAAGCUCGCCAAUGGAGAGUUGAAUGAGAGCCAGGUGGAAGAUAUCACCAGAGAGUUAGCUGGUCAGCUUGACAGAUUCUUGGAAGAGCUUCCGUCGGAUCUACAUUUUACAAGAGAGAACCUCAGGUCCCACGCCGCCGCAGGUCUUGGUCGGGGAUUUGUGGCUCUUCAUCUGGGGUAUCACCACUAUGCUACUCUGCUUUACUUCCAGUACCUCGAUAUCCAGCUUGGCAAGACAGCAAAUGGCACAUUGUUCGUCGCUCGCUGCAAACACCACGCAGCUUCAUUUAGUGAUAUACUGAGUAUCUCUGAGGAAAUUGAAGAGUGCGAAGUGGUUUAUCUGAUCGUUGCUCACAUGACCGUUGUGUCUUCCUCUGCAUUGCUACACACAUUGUUGUUUGGAAGUCAAGAUGAACUACAGAAUACACGAAAACGAUUAUGCUUCAAUUUCGAGUUACUGUUGAAGCUGAAGCAAUAUUGGUCUGGAGUGGAGCUUAUGAUGAGCCGUUUGUUUACAUUCCAAAAGGCGUGCAUGCAGUCCAUGGACAGUAUAUACACAGCGGACAGAUGGAUUGUCAAAUUUCUUUUACAUCACGCAUUACCGAUCGAGGAAGGAGUCGAAAUACCGACAGGAUCUAAUCUUGCUGAACGUGAACAGUACGCCCGAGAUGCAUUGUCAAUGCUUGGACCACUGAUGUGA